CGGUGACUGUCGGGGGGCGUGCAAGUGAACCGGCUGGCCGCAGGUCGCGGGCAUGGCUGAGGCCAGGAAGCGGCGGGAGUUGCUUCCCCUGAUCUACCAGCAUCUGUUGAAGGCCGGCUAUGUGCGCGCGGCGCGGGAAGUGAAGGAGCAGAGCGGCCAGAGAAGUUUCCCGACUCAGCCUGUAACCCUCCUGGACAUCUAUACGCACUGGCAACAAACCUCGGAGGUUGGCCGGAAGCGGAAGGCAGAGGAAGAUGCAGCAUUGCAGGCCAAGAAGGCCCGUGUGUCAGACCCCAUUAGCAGUUCCGAGAGCUCAGAGAGCUCGGAAGAGGAGGUGGAGGCAGAAGCUGAAACUGCCAAAGGUGCCCCAGUUGUGGGAGCGGUGUUACCCUCACGCGUGAAAGAAAAGGCCAAGGCAACGACCAAGACAGCCAACAGGACAGUGAACUCCACACCACACCCUGCCCCUGGGCAGGCCCACCUCCUCUCUGGGAAGUCACCCAAAAUGUCAUCAGGGCCCUCAGCAAAUACCGUCCUGGACUCAGAAAUCAAGUCGCUGGGCAGUGUCUCAGCCCUCAGAACCACCGCCAAGCCUGGAAUGGCGUCAUCAGGCCAGGCAGCCAGCUCCAGUGAGGACACCUCCAGCUCCAGCGAUGAGACGGACUUGGAGGUAAAACCGUCAGUAAACCCACCACAGGUCAAAGCCUCGCCAGCCCCUGCCAAGGCGUCUCUGGGGAAAAAAGCAGCCACCACCCCUGGGAAGGCAGGGAAUGUGAUACCCCAAGUCAGCAGAGGUGCCCUGGCCCCAGCCAGCAGGGCCAUAAAGGCCGAGAAGGACUCGGAGAGCAGGGAGGAGGAAUCUGAGAGUGAGGAGGAGGCCCCCGUGGGGACACCCAGCCAGGUGAAGGCCUUGGGAAAAAUUGUCCAGGUCAGAGCUGCCUUAGCUCCUGCCAAGGGGACCUUUGGGAAAGGGGCCACCCCAGCAACCCCUGAGAAGGCAGGGCCUGCAGCUGCACAGGCCAAAGCAGGGAGGCCAGAGGAGGACUCGGAGAGCAGCAGUGAGGAGUCAGACAGUGAGGAGGAGGCACCAGCUGCCAAGACUCCUCUUCAGGUGAAGCCCUCAGGGAAAACGCCCCAGGUCAGAGCUGCCUCAGCCCCCACCAAGGACUCCCCCAGGAAGGUGGCUGUCCCUGCACCCCCUGAGAAGGCAGGGCCUGCAGCUGCACAGGCCAAGGCAGGGAGGCCAGAGGAGGACUCGGAGAGCAGCAGUGAGGAGUCGGACAGUGAGGAGGAGGCACCAGCAGCGGCAGUGCCUGUAACCUCAAACCUGGCUCAGGCAAAGCCCUCAGGGUUUAAAAAUGCACAGGGCAGAGCCACCUCAGCCACAGGACCCCCAGGGAAAGGUGCUGCCCCAGCACCCUCUGGGAAGGCAGGGCCUGCAGCCACCUCGGCCCAGGCCUGGAAGCAGGAGCAGGACUCAGAGAGCAGCAGUGAGGAGGAGUCAGACAGCGAUGAGGAGGCCCCAGUAGCUGUGGCCUCGGCCCAGGCAAAGUCAUCUGGGAAAGUUCUCCAGGUCGUACCUGCCUCCGGUCCCACCAAGGGGCCUCCUCAGAAAGCAGGGCCUAAAGCCACCCAGGUCAAGGUCAAAAAGGCCAAGGAAGACUUGAAGAGCAUCAAGGAAGAAUCAGACAGUGAGGAGGAGGUGUCUGCAGCCAUGACUCCGGCCCAGGCAAAACCGGCUAUGAAAACUCACACCAAGGUCCUUCCAAGGAAGGGAACACCCGUUACCCCUGCGGCUGCCAGCGCCCCCAGGAAAGCAGGAACAGCAACUUCACCAGCCGUCACGUCGUCCAAAGCUGUGGCCAGGGGCACCCAGAGGCCAGAGGAGGAGUCUUCAAGCAGUGACGAAUCAGAGAGUGAGGAAGAGACAGCGUCUGUCACAGCUGGGGGACAGGCCGAGCCUGCGAGGAAAAGCCUCCCGGCAAAAGCUGCCUCAGCAUCCACCAAAGGGCCCUCAGGGAAAGGGACCGCCCAGGUCCUCCCUGGGAAGGCAGGGUCUGCGGCGGCCCAGGUCGAUGCCAAGACGCACGAGGACUCAGAGAGCAGUGAGGAAGAAUCAGACAGUGAGGAGGCUUCCUUGGCUCCGGCACAGGCGGAGGCCUCAGUGAAAGCCCCUCAGACCAAAGCCAGCCCAGCUUCCGCCAGAGUGGCUUCAGCUAAAGGGGCAGCAUCAACUUCUGGGAAGGUGGUCACUGAGGCUGCUCAAGCCACACAGGGCUCCCCAGCCAAGGUAAAGCUGCCAGCGAGGACAGCCCAGAGCCACAGUGCCGUCUCGGCGAGGGGCCAGGCCUCAGGGCCGGCGGAAGAUGACUCAGAGAGCAGUGAGGAGGAGACAGACGUCGAGGGCGUGGCGCCCACUCAGGCAAAGCCCUCAGGGAAGACUACCCAGGUCAAGACCACCUUAGGCCCCACCAAGCAGUCCCCCAGGAAAGGGGCUGACCCGAUACCCCCCGGGAAGACAGGACCCACGGCCGCCCAGGCCAGGAAGGAGGAGGAGGAGGAGAGCAGCAGCGAGGGGUCGGACAGCAACGGGGAGGCAGCUGUGACACUGGCUCAGAAGGAGAGUAACUCCAAAACUGCCAGAAGCAAGGCGCUGGCCCCAGGACCCCCAGAGAAGAACCCUGAGGGGCCCUCAGAGAGCAGUGACGAGGAGCUGCCGGUGAGCCAGGUGAUUAAAACCCCUCUGAUUUUUGUCGACCCUAAUCGUAGUCCAGCUGGCCAGGCUGCAGGCGCCCCGAGGAAGGCCCAGGCCUCGGAGAGCACGGCCAGGAGCUCCUCCUCCGAGAGCGAGGACGAGGACGUGAUCCCCGCCACCCAGUGCUUGACUCCCGCUGGUAGAACCCACAUGGCGAGCAUGCCUACGGCCCAGCCAAGGGCCACCCUCAGAGCCAGUGCUGGGGCUGGCAGCAGUGAGGUGUCCGGUCAGGUGACAGAAGGCAAGAAGCAGAAGGCACCUGCCACCCAGGUGACAAAGAGGAACCUGGCUAACCUCCCGCUGACCCAGGCCGCCCUGAAGGUCCUUGUACAGAAAGCCAGUGGGGCUCAGCCUCCUGCCGCCAAAGCCCCGUCUUCAAGUGGGGUUGACAGUGCUCUGGCAACAGUCCCUGUGGCGAGUCCCCAGAGCACCCCUGCGAAAGCCAGCAAACUAAGAAAACCCAAGGUUCCUGCGGUCCAGCCGGCCACAGCCCCUCCCUUGGGACACCCCAAAGCCAAGGCCUCUGGGACCUCAGAUGACAGCAACAGCAGCUCUUCAGGGAGCGAGGAGGAUGCUGAGGGGCCCCAGGUGGCCCUGUUGACCCACAGGCUGGCAGGUCCGGCGCCCCCCAGGAAUGAGACCUUGGUGGAGGAGACCACAGCGGAGUCCAGCGAGGAGGAGGUGGUCGCGCCCUCCCAGUCUCUCCUCUCAGGUUACGUGACCCCUGGGCUGACCCCAGCCGAUUCCCAGGCUGCAAAGGCCCCUCCCAAGCCAGACUGCAAUCCCCCGGUUUCCUCUCCUCGGGCCUCCAGUGAUGCCCCAGACGGCAAGCGGGGAAUAGGGCCACAACAAGCAGCAGACACCAUGUCCCCUAAAACAGGCAGAAGAGAGCCUGGCGCCACGCCUCUGAAGCCCGGGAAGGGAGCCGGGAGCCUAGACGCCUCAAUGCUGGCCCUGCAAAGUGACAUUACCCGGCGCCUCCUGAGUGAGCCCUUGCCCCUGAGUGAGGCCCAGGUCCAGGCCUCGGUGGCGAAGGUCCUGGCAGAGCUGCUGGAGCAGGAGAGGAAGAAGGCCACAGAUGCCACCAAGGAGAGCAGCAAGAAGAGUCACAAGCGGAAGGUGUCAGGAGACCAGGCCACUGCCAGCGCCCCCAAGAGCAAGAAGAAAAAACUGCUGGUGGCCAGGGAAGGCAGGGAGGGUGCCGUUUGCUCAGAAAAGGCCCCCAGGACUACCAAGGGGAAACCUAAGAGACACACAGCAAGUGGUGACAGUAAGGAGCAGAAGGAAAAGGAGGCUCUCGGCUCCCCAAGGGCCAAGAACACGGCAGAAGGGGAGCCGGAGGUGGUGAAGGUUGAGGGCGGAGACCAAGCCAACCCAAAGAACAAGAAGGAGAAAAAAAAAUCUGACAAGAAAAAGAAAGAUAAGGAAAAAAAGGAAAAGAAGAAGAAAGCCAAAAAGGCCUCGACCAAAGAUCCUGACUCACAGUUACAGAAGAAAAAGAAGAAAAAGAGGAAGACGGCACAGCAGACUCUCUGAGGGGCACAAGGGGGCAGAAGACCGCUCGCCACAGUGUUUGCGCUGGCCCAGCCCCUGAGCCCUGCAGAGGCUGGUCCAAGGAGGAGGAGGAAGAGGAAGAGGAGGGAGUGCACUGGGUUCCGUGACCUCCACUCACUGACCCUGCACUGACUUCUGUCCUGGCACAGGACACUUCGUACAGAUGUGUACAGUGUGUGUGUAUAUAUAUACAUAUACAUAUAUACAUAUAUAUUUUUGUAAGUGACCUGCCCCUCCCACCUCUGACCCAGAACACCCAGAGGCCUCAGGACCUGCCACCUCUUUCCCCUACAGACUCGGUGAGGCCCAACCUGCUGCUCCUUCCAUGUCCCUGGUCCCCAGCUGAUGCUGAGGAUUUGUCCUUUGUCAGUUUUGUCCGUUUUGUGCUUUUGUAAGAACUCAUAAAAUAAAAGACCUAAAGGAAAAGUGAAA